AUGGCGACCUCGUUGACUUGGUUGAGUCGAACGUUUUGUAGAACUUUCCUUGCGUUAGAAGAGCAACUUACUUACAAUCUGAGGCUUAUCUACGAAGGCAUAAAUCCAAGUGCUGCCUUAGUAGCAAAUAUUGAAUCAUGCCAAUCCACUGGAUUCAGUGAAAGCGAAGAUGAUGGAUUCUUAUUAAUGGCGGUUCCUAAAAAGAGGACUUCGGCUUCCAAAAAGAAGCUUCGAAAUCGGCACAAGUGGCUGAAAAACAGAUCCGAUAUCGAGACUUGCGUUGUAUGUGGAAAUCACAAGCUUGCUAAUCAUCUGUGUGGACACUGCCUGGCAGAAGUUAGAGAAAAAACUUCCGAGUUCCGAAAAGAAAGAAAUGAAAGGGACUAUCAGUGGCCUAUACCUGAGAUACUGCGAAAAUUCAGAACGUAA